GGUCCUUCGUGGCCACGUGGGAAAAGAAUCGGAAGUAGUUCUACCGUGGCUACAAUGAUAGAUGUCUCGAAGAAAACAAUUUCGUUCCGAGUGCAAUACUUUUGUAUGCCGUACACAAAAAUCAAUAUUUACACAUUAUAAUCACCUUUGAUCUUCGUGAACCCAAUUGGUGAUAUAUGGGAUUAAAUCAAGAAUUGUAGCUAAAGAACCGAAGCUGAAUGUUUCUUUUCGCCAAUGUUUCUUCCGGACACUUGUCCAUCAUGCACUAGUCGUGCUUGUCGCCCUUUUCGUCUCAUCCUCAUUUAACCAGGCGACUCAUUUACAGUUUUUGGCAAAGUGAUUUCAAUUAUUUCUGAGCAAAAUGCCUAAAAAGAAAACCGGUGCCCGUAAGAAGGCUGAGAGUCGCAAGGAAAGAGAGAAGCAGACUCGAGCCAAUCGGGACCAUAUCGACGUAGCCAAACACCCGUGCAAUUUUGCAAUGGAAUGUGACAAAUGCAACAGGAGACAGAAGAACAGAGCUUUCUGCUACUUUUGUUCUUCAGUGCAGAAGCUUCCUAUGUGUGCCCAAUGUGGAAAAACCAAAUGCAUGAAAUCAUCAGAUUGUGUCAUAAGACAUCCUGGGAUUCACAGCACUGGGAUGGGGAUGGUGGGGGCGGUGUGCGAUUUCUGUGAAGCUUGGGUGUGCCAUGGGAGGAAGUGUCUGAGUACACAUGCUUGUGUAUGCCCACUGACCGAUGCAGAGUGCAUCGAAUGUGAUCGCAAUGUCUGGGAACAUGGUGGGCGUCUGUUCCGCUGUUCGUUCUGUAUGAAUUUCCUUUGUGAGGAUGAUCAGUUUGAGCACCAGGCUAGUUGCCAAAUCCUUGAGGCAGAAACAUACAAAUGCGUUUCCUGCAACCGACUGGGGCAACACUCUUGCCUACGUUGUAAGGCCUGUUACUGUGACGACCAUGCCCGGAGCAAGGUGUUCAAACAGGAGAAGGGUAAAGGGCCACCGUGUCCUAAAUGUGGCCAUGAGACCCAGGAGACAAAAGACCUCAGCAUGUCCACUCGCUCCGUCAAGUUCGGCCGGCAGAGCGGCGCAGGAGAGGAGGACAGCUAUGGCUACGGCGCGGGGGGUUACGCGGCUUACUGGAAGAACAUGGCCGCCAGCAACGCAGACAAGGAGGAUGACGAGGAGGAGGAGGAGGACGACGAUGAGGAAGAGGAUGACGACGAUGAGGAGGAUGAUGAUGAUGAGGAGGAAGUUGUGGAUCAGCCGGAGGGAAAAGAAGAAGGGGUCGUGGCCCCCCUGGCUGCGCUGAAUCUGACUGACUGACCUGAUUAUCGGCGUAAUGCAUAAGUUUAGAGCAACGUGGGGGCUGAAACCAUUAAGUGUCGUGCACUUAUUCUUCAUACCAGGUCAAGAAUCAAUAAAGUUAUGAAAUGAAAUCUAGGACACUGUCUUGAUCGAGAUUUUAUCAUCUUUGAAUAUAUGAAAAUUAGAUAUGUUGUUUGAUCAUUAAUAGAAAGUCAUAUAUCCUCACAAUUAUCAAUGUUUCAAGACAUUUAAAUUAACUUUUAACUGUCUGUAACAAGCUUAUAGACUGAUUAUUUUUUAGAUAUAAUUAUAUUUGGCUAGAAUUCAGUAUACUUUUAUUAUAAUUGCAAUACAAUACUUUUUUUUUUUUUUUACAAUAAAGUAAGUUGUCUCACAAUUAACAUCUAAUUUUUGCAAUAUUUCUGUCGAGUAAGGAAAAUUAAAGGCAAUGGCGUUAUCCGACUAUAAAUCGGGUCUUAAUGGGUACGUACUUCUGCAGACAUGCAUCAUUGCAUCAGUAUUGAUGCUAAUGAUCAUGCAAGUGCACUCAAGCAUUCAUACGUGAUUGAUGCAUAAGUCUGCAAAGACAUGUGUCAACCACGUAUGUGUGCUAGUGUGCAUUCGCAUAAUUUAUAAUGAUUCAUUUUAAUUUCUUAAACCUUCUGAGGCCACGCCCUCAGGGUAAAGCGAUAAAAAGAACAGUGCCACAGGGCGGGCACAGACCAAUCUUAUUUUCUUGUAAGCAGCCUCGCUGCAUCUGUAUUUUGUCAAUUAAAACCAUGGGAAAGUCAGCGUGAACGAUCGAGAUGCAAACAUGUGAUGGUGUUUUCUGCCUCGAGAGGAGAGCAGCGUCUUCGACCAGAUGACAAACUUGGGGAAACCGUCGGUGAUCUUUUUAAGGCUAUUCCGAAUUCAGAAGCGACCGGCGAAAUCUUCACAUUUUGGGCUGUCCUGCGACCACUGCCGCAAGUGCCACAAAAGACAUGUUUGGCUUUGUUUAUUUAUUCUAAGAUCGCACCAUCUUUCGACGUCUUCGUUAAAUGCGACUGCAUCACCUUCUCUCCCACAAUGCAUCCUGAGCAGCUCUACCUGUGCCACUGCUGCCCCCUCCGAUGUUACAAUAGAACUUCAUCGAUUGCUGAAGAGAAUAACUUCCAGCGUUGAGAAAUCUGAUGCCUUACUUUACUCCUACGCUCCUACGCCUGAGAAUCCUGAAAAAUGCAAAAAUAUGUCCUUAAUCUGUUAUGUGUGUGAACUGAAGGUCAUUAUCUUUGAAGAGGAAAUAGAGGAAGAAAAACCUGAGAUUUAUCAUCUAGAAAAUAUACUACCUUUACAACUUAGCUCUGUCAACUGUCCACCAUGUGAAGCACAGACUCUAGUAUCUGCCACAAAAUUCCAUCAGAACUUCAAGGAUCUAUUGGAGAAAAGGAAUUCACAACAGAAAGGACGUUGAUGGUAUAGGCCCCGUCCACAUGAAGCCGAUUUCAUGGCGAAACCGCAAAGGUCUUGUACGGUUAGGCCUUCCGUCCACACGAAGCCGGCGAAUCCGCUGACCGAAACCGCAAACUUCUGAAACCACCCUCGGUGGUUUCAGAAGUGGUUUCCCCCCCCCCUUCGAUCCUCUAGCCAAUGACUGUUAAGCCCGCGGAGUCUCACCCUUCAUGCGCAUGCUCGCCUCUUUUCUUAUUUAUUUUCCUUCUGGAUUUCUGUAGCAGAAGCAGCGCCCCUUAUGGGCCUGGCUUGUGUACUACAGCGUUUCUACAGGUCUACCCGGUUUCGCUUGGCUUCGUCUUUACGGAGAUACUUCGAAACCGGAGAGAUCGAAACCGUAACGGUUUCGCCCGUUUCGGCUUCGUGUGGACGGGGCCAUAGUAACUGAAGGAAAUGAGCAUUACGGUCGUCCGUCUAACGCAAAUGUAUUUUAUAUAUUAGAUAAUAGUAUACUUUGUUUACAGUUGCCGCACUAACAAUAUCACUAUUCAUGUAUUGCACUGCACGACUCUGAAAAGGGAAAUAUAAUGUAUUUGUAUAGGAUAUAUUAUCAAAUCUUUAUGAUGAUUACAUCACUUUUGUUAUUGUAAUUUAGUUUUCACGUCCAAUUCAAUGUAUUCUCAGGUAAACAUUACAAAUAUAAGCUUAUGCCAUUUCUUCUGGCAUUAAUGUCUAUCGACCGUCAGUUGGUAACAAAAUACAACCAUAACAAUAAGCUUUGUAGCAUAUUUUGUCAUGUCCAGUUUAUACUUUAUGUAACUGAGUAUAUAUAGUCUCACUUAACAAUUGAUUAACCCUAUAACUAAAUUAAAAUAAUGUAUACAUAAAUUCCGGAUUUAACAGGAGCACCAUUAUUGUACACCAUUAGGAAAUGUUAAUUGAUGGUUAAUAAGAUACCCUUAUUGUAAAGUGUUACCUUAUAUAUUUAUAAACAUAAUCUUUUUUCAUAUACAAAAGAAUACAUCAAAGAAGUUUAUGUUCGUAAAUCAAUAUUUAUGUCAAACAAAACAAUAUUUUAUUCAAUAACACAAUUGCACAAUAUCAAAUGUAUAAUAAGACCUUUUCAACAAACA